AUGCCAUCUAAAGCCAAGAUCCAAGCACAACUAUCCGCUCUUGGAGAUGGAAUAAUGAGACUAGAAAGAGAUACAGAGUCUGCCGAUUCGGAGAUAAGGGAUAGGAAUGCGCAGAGGACGGCCGCGGAGGAUAUCAUAAACGGGCCCUAUGACCAAAACACAAAGGACGCGGCCCAGAGGCAACAUGAUGAUCUUUGCAGGAUUCUGGCCGAUCUUUACGCCAGGCAACAAUGGCGGGUUCAGGAAAUGGAGAGGCUGAAGGACCUAGAGAGAACGCUUGCUAGCAGCUUACGAUCAGCAAGAUAG